AUGGCCAACGCCGUCAACUUCCCGAACCCACCAGGGGCACGUUGGAUCCGACCCAGGCUUCCCACAGUCGCGGAGAUCCUAGGAUGCAAGCCCGACAACGGCGACGUCCAGCUGGCUUACAGAAUUCUAGGCCUUCACUCAACAACGGCCCGCCCGAUUGGCUACCGCCCGGGGUUCCGACUGUUCACCCACCGGUGCAAUCUGGUCCUCCGCCGCAUAUGGCGUGACAAAGACAAUGUGGACGAGAUAGAUAUCAUCCCGGGCUCCGUCCCUCAGAAACGUGUCAUCGAGGCAAACAAGCGCGUCCUUUCAGCCAUACACACGAUAGCUGGUAUCCGACGCCCGGGUCACCCGAGUUGGUCACCCGAUACCAGGGUCCAGAUCCAGCCGUGGCAAACCGCUAACAAUAUUAUAUACACAAAUUGGGACUUGCCAAAAAACAUCACCUCGGCUAAUUGGUCACAAAAUGUUGAAGUUCCCCUGAGCGUAAACCAGUUCAACGCCCAUUACGCGCAUGCAGAUGUGGCACAGCUGGCGCGCGACCGGCUUAGGAAGGGAAAGACGUGGCAGCCGACAUAUCACAUGGUUGCGGAUGCGCAGGAUCGUGAGGACGAGGACAUUUUUGACGACUUGGCUUGCUACGGAUUCGAGGCCAAGCCGCAUUUCAUGCAUCCCGAGGACAAGCCUGAUGUUUUGAAGGGGAAUAUGGAGUACAAGUUUUGGGCAGGCCCCACGCCGAAAAACGAGGAUAGCUUGUGGUAUGCGCUGGCGGUGCUGGUCGAGCACAAUCCCACGAAGGCGAAGAACAUUAAAUGUCUUGCCGCAGAUUGGUUUAAAGAAAUGGUGUAUAACCAGAACCCCAAUGACGCGGGCAAUUCUCACCGUUUCCGCCGCGCCAAACGCUUCCGCAUGUACAGCCAACUUCUCGCCGACUCGGCCAGAUGCGCCGACCCAGACGACGAAGAGAUUUGGGGCAAGUUGAGCAUGUUCCGAGCCCUUUGCAGCAACAGGUCAGAUGCCGGAAUGCCCAAGGAGGCCGGCUACCACGAGAUGUUGCACAUGUUGGCGGACUUCUUCCAUACGGAGAUCAUCACGUUCACUCGGCCCAAACGCGACACGCUCAGGCUGAGAGAUCGUAAUACUAGUGAGACCAUUGAUACACAAGCCAGUCGCGCGGAUUUUGCAUAUGAGAUGAGGGUGUAUGGCGAAACACCUGAGGGGGCCGAUCCCACCUUCGAGUUUCGGAGCAGGAAACAGAUUCUUUUGGUCACGGAUUCGUGCUUGAGGUACUUCCAGCCAGUGAUUCGCGUUGUAUCAACGAUCGAUGAACAGGAAGAAUUUGAAGGAGGUGAUCUCCCGGGAUACCUCGACACCACGGCGUUUGACAAAUGGGACCGCCACUCGCCCAUGCCCUGGUGGCCCGGGUUCCAGCGUAACGCAAACAACACGGGCUGGACGGGCGACUGGGACGACGCGCAGCUCCGGCCGGGCCUCCGCCUCCACCCAGCGUCGACGGUGUUUGAUCCCCCGGUAAUCUCGCAGACGUUGUCGCCCUGGAACAAUCCUCUACUACUACUUCAAAGCCCGUACGAGUUGAUGACAAACCUGAGCGGAGGAAUAUGGCCCCCAUGGAAAACCUGGUUCGAGGGCGAUGAGGACUGCGACUUGUGGAACAUCAUUCAGCCGGAGGGACUACGGCUUUCGUGGAGGCACCCAGAGGCUACCCCUCAAGAAAGGCCUGAUCGACGUAUAGCGCUAAGCGACAAUCGAGCACGCAUUGGGCCGAAGACCCCGAAGUACACGUCGAAGAGACGGCUCGAGUUGGUAGAUGGCGUGAAGGAGGCAUUUUUGGACAAACCAAACAUGGGUGAGUCUGAGAUUGGUUGGAUGAAGGUUGUCACCACAGAGGGCGAGAAUCGGGAGCCGUACUGGCACAGGGUCAAGCGAACGAGGAUAAAAUGA